AUGCAUGAAAUAUUACAUAUUCUUCUUCCAUAUAAAUAUCAAAAAUUUCCAUUCAUUUUAUCAUUUGGUACUCAAUCAUGCAAAGGAAAAACAUUAUUAUUAAACAAAAUACUUAAAACAAACUUUGAUUGUCAUUAUAAAGCUGAAUUUAAUUUUGAAAUAGCUUCAACUUACUAUCAUCAUCAGCUAAUUCAAAUGUUGCUUGGUCAUCAAUACGAUAUUGAUAGAGGAAAUGAUAAUGAAAUUACACGUGUCUAUCGGUGUCACGUACUUGAUCUACAUGGUACUCAUGAUUGGAAACAAAUGCCAAGUUUCUUUAUUCAAUUUAUGAGUGUAAUCAUAAUUCAUAUGGAUAUUUUAGACGUCAAACAAAUUGAUUCUCUUCUAUGGCCUACAGUUGUAUUCAAUCAAACAGCAACAUAUAUAAUAUUUAUCCAUGGUGAAAUUUCGGACUCUGAUAUAGAAAUAAAUUUGCAGCCACAAAUUCUGAAGUAUUUCGGAUUGAACAAAAUAAACGUGCAUAUUCUUCGAGCUAAAGCAAUUUUGGAUGAAAAUAAUAAAUUUUUACAAGUAGGAAUGUUAACAUUAUUGAAGAAGGCUCCUAUUCCAACGAAUUCAUUAUUAAAUGUCUCUGAGCAAUUGAUACAACAACACAACAUUAACUUAUCAACUAAUAUCGAUACUUUAUGUAAAAGCAUACAAUUGCUUGACGAAUUUCAUAAGAUACUGAACAUGUUAUCAAGAGAUGAUCCAGCUCUCGAUUUGUUUCCUCUUUCACGAUUACGAGAAUUAUCUGAAAAAGCAAAUCUCUCAUCCGUUGACGAGCAGCAAAAAAAUCAACUAACACAGAAGCUCUAUGACCAUGGUUUGAAUCAUGCAAACAUUUUAUUGACUAAAUUAGCUGAAUUGGUCAUUGGCGAUGAUAAUGAUAUAGCUCUUUUUGAAAAAGCCAUUAUAUUAUGGAAUACAACUUUGUGGCAACGAAAACAGCAGGAAGUACAAAGAUCACCCGCAUCAAUAUUACAACAGUUGGAAAUGAGUAAAGAACGUUUUUUACGUGAAUUUCAAGAAAGAAGUAUGGAGUAUACAGAUCGUAAUGGUAGACUUUGUUCGUUUAAAGACAUCAUUCAAAUGAAAAGAGCUUUGAUAAAAAUAUAUCAACAUUCAUUUCGAAGUCAAGAAUAUAUUGAAAUAAUAAAUGCCACAUCGUCUACUAUUUAUCCAGAAAUAUUUCAUGAAACAUUUUCAAAUAUUUCAGAAGAUUUAAAAAAAUUUUUUGUCAUUGGAAUUAUUGGUGAACAAAGUGGCGGUAAAAGUUUUUUGGUUAACAAAGUUUUUGGAACUAAAAUUGCUGAAUCAAAAUUUAAAUGUACUACAGGAAUUUUAGCUACUCGAGUAAAUGUGACAGGACAUGAUAGUGUGAAAAACAUUGUUAUUCUUGAUACAGAAGGACUUCUUGAUCAAUCGAAGAAGAAUACUGAAGCACAAAUAUUUGAUCGUAAAAUGGUUCUAGCAGUGAUGGCUCGAUCUCAUGUUGUCAUGAUCAAUAUUACAAGAAAUGUUAAUAAAACAAUGCAACAAAUAUUAGAAAUUGUUUUUUAUGGAUUAAAUAAGCUGCAAAUUACAAAUAAACCAAAAAUGAUUUUUUUAUUCAGAGAUCAAGAUCCUAAAUCAAUGGGAGAAGCUGGACAGCGAAAUCAUGUUAGUGAGGUAAUGAAUGAUAUAGCACAAUCAUGUGAAAAAGUUAAUUUUAAGGUACAAGAUAUCAUAAAUGGAUUUGAUAUUCAUGAAUUUCCAUCACCAUUUGUUGAUUUACUUGUUGGCGAACGAGAAAUAUCAUUUUUCAGCAAUAGCUUUUGUCAGAAAGCUUUAUCAUUAAGACUCAAAAUUAUUGAUCAAUUGACCAAUUUAACACCGUUCGAUUCUUUUGAUGAAUGGCUUGCAACUACGUUGGAUCUCUGGCAGCAAAUUAAUCAUAAUUCAAAUUUAUUUGACUAUGAAUCGUUGAUACAUCUCACACUGGAAAGAGAAUUGGAAAUAUUUAGUAAUCGUGUAUUAACCAAAGCCAAUCGCGAAAUGAGAGAAAUGGUGGAUAGUUUAGCAAUCAACGCAAGAAAUAGAUCAGAUGAUAACAGCAUUUUACAUGAAAUUGAACAAAAACUUAUUGAUAAGAAAACUAGACUUGCUAAUGAUCUAUUGUCAAAUCAACUAGUCAAUGAAAAAAAACGUUUGAUGCAAAAACAUAAUCUUCAAUCAUUCCCAGAAGCUUUGUUUGAAAGCACAAAGUUAAGAAUACAGUCUAGCUUGAACUUGUAUAAAACUGAUCAUUAUAUGGCAGCGACACGACAAUUUCAACAAGAUGAAUUUCAAAAGAGGCUGUCUGAAAUACCAAAACAAUUGUCCAUUAAAAUCAGAGAUAUCCAAAAUGUUGUUGAGAAAGCUGAUCAAUUCGAAACGUUAUUUAAUGAUACUAGUGGAAUAUUAUUAGCAGAAUUCAUCAAACUAUUGGACAAUGACUUCAAAAAACAGUCUAUCGAAUUAAACAAGAUAUUAAUACAAAAUUUUGUGCAACAAAAUCGAAUUGAUAAUGUUGGUGUUAUGUAUUUUUAUGAACAUAUUAAUGACUCAUCUUUAACCGAUAUUGUUCGAAAAGCAGUACUAAGAGAAACUUCGAAUCCAGUCGAGGAACAAUCAUUAGUUCCAGCAAUUCAGCAUACAACUUCAUUAGUUCCAGCAAUUCAGCAUACAACUUCAUUAGCCUUAGCAAUCCCAUCUACACUUUUCGGUAGUCAACAUGGUUCUGGAAUUUUACGAAGUCUUGCAUCGUUUCUUUAUCGUAAACUUUUUCCUAACAAGAAAAGCAAUAAUAACGAAGAACCACAAAUCGAAAAAAUGCUAUCAUUUUUAAGAGUUGAAUAUACAGCGUUACAGAAUAGCCCAUAUUAUGAUAGCAAUCUGUUGCCUGUUCCGGAAUUGGCUAAUGAUUGUGUUCAACAUAUCCGAAAUGCUAUUGAAAAUGCUAACAUUAAAAGUCAAGAAAUAAGAAAUAUAUGGUAUACAUGCUAUGGAAUUAUGCUCAAUAUUUUCGGCGAUGAACAUUACAACUAUAUUCAUGAAAAGCUCAUAUCUGAAUUUGAACAGGAAAUAUCUCGUACAAAAGAAGAAGUUAGACAAAAUAUUGCCAAUGCUUCAACGGCUGAAGAACAUGGACAAGCUUUAAUAAAACAAAUUUGGACAAUAAUUCAAAAUGACACACAGAAACAAUUUCAGAAUCAAUUUGAAAGAUUUUUCGCCGCUUGGGAUCAAUAUAGUCCUUCGAUUAUAUCCGAAAAUUGUGUAAAUCAACUGUUUAGAUCAAUCAACUAUCAGUUAAUGCUCGAUUAUAUUCAAAAUCCAACCACUUUCAUAAAAGAAUGGCUUCGUUCAGAAUUUAAUAAAACAUACCAAAAUCAAUUGAAUCAAACACUAUACAAUCUCUCUUUGCAUCUGGAAGAGACAAAAAAAAGAUUCCAUAGAAUGGUUCUUUUCUGGGAUGCAGCUAUUCAAGCUAAUCACUUGGAAAGAACAGUUUCAGAAUUAACUAAUUCUCUGAAAGAAUUUCUUUCAAAGGGAGAAGAUGCAGGAAAUAAUAUUUCAUUGACAGAACCAACAGGCAGUUUUUCAAUUCUUGAUUCUGCUCCAAUUAGAACAGUUCCAGAAACUGCCGAUAAACACCGUCUUUUAAAAGCCAUACUCUUGACGUGCUCUACGCUUUCAUCCGAUCAUGCCGAUUACGUUAAAAAAACCACUAAAGAUUUAAUCACUAGCGAACAAUAUGUCAAUCGUCUGUUUGAUCGAUUUUACAAUAAAGCUAAAGGAUGCGGAACACCUUGUCCAUAUUGCAAACAAAUAUGUGAUAAUGAUAACCCGAUGCAUACGGAACAUCGUACUGAACAUCAUCUGUUCUGGGUUUUUGGUGGAUACAGAGCGAUAGAUACUGAAAAGCCAAGUUUAGUCUGUUGUACAUCUAAUGAAGCGUUCGAGCGGAAAGUUCGCAGUCUGAGAGAAAAAGAUACUUAUUUGCCAUUUCCAGACCACUUGAAACAAUUUAAUCCUACAUGGAACAUAAUUAAUAAAAUGACACCAUUACAGGACUUCCUGUUAAAAGCAUAUAUUGCUUUAGAAGAAGAUUUGGCAAAAUAUUAUAAAUUUAAAGGACGUGCCAAUAGUGAAAUCAGGAAAAAGUUUUUACGAUCUACAGUCACCACUCAUUGCUAUGCUCUUCUUGUUGGAAUUGAUUAUGAAAAUUCACCAAACAGUCUUCAUGGCAUUCCAUCAAAUGAUAUCACUUGUAUCAAACAACAGCUCGAAAUUUCUUCCAUUGCAAGUCCAGAAAAUCUUCAUGUUCUCAAAAAUAAUCAAGCUACAAAAGAAAGCAUUUUAAAUAAAUUAAAUACUAUUGUCAAUAAUAUGGACAAAAGAUCGACAUUCAUAUUUUACUUUUCGGGUCACGGGGGUCGAAAAGAGACUUCCGGAUCUUAUCUGUUUACAUCCGAUGAUCAGAUGUUAACCACUCAUGAGCUAGUAGCUGUUUUUGAUAGAGCUAUGUCAAACAAAAUAAUCAUUAUGCUGGAUAGUUGCUAUUCUGGUGGUAUGAGCAACGCAUUCCACUUCAAUUCGAAUAAUUUCAAACAAGGAAUCCAUAUUUUAUGUUCUUCUAAUGAAGCUCAAGUGUCUUAUCAAUCAACAAGCGAUGGAAAUGGUUUUUUUACAAAACAUCUAAUCAAAGGAUUAAAAGGAGAGUUUUCUUGUCAAACCAAUAAUUGUAAUGAAUGCAGAACAAGAACUACAAAUUUACAAACAGCUGUUAUACGCAAAGUUACUAGUACGGAACUUGUAUCGUAUUUAAAUCAUGCUAUUAGUGGUCGUCAAAAUUUUACUUAUACGGCUCUUAACGGGUCUGAUUUUGAUAUCAGUUUCCUCAAUUAA